AUGCGGCGUCGUGUUGGAAAUGGUGGCAGUGGUGGUGUUGGAAAUGGUGGCAGUGGUGGUGUUGGAAAUGGUGGCACUGGUGGUGUUGGAAAUGGUGGCACUGGUGGUGUUGGAAAUGGUGGCACUGGUGUUGGAAAUGGUGGCACUGGUGUUGGAAAUGGUGGCACUGGUGUUGGAAAUGGUGGCAUGGUGUUGGAAAUGGUGGCAGUGGUGUUGGAAAUGGUGGUGUUGGAAAUGGUGGCACUGGUGGUGUUGGAAAUGGUGGCAGUGGUGUUGGAAAUGGUGGCAGUGGUGUUGGAAAUGGUGGCAGUGAUGUGA